AUGGCAAUCGCGUUCUCGCUCUCGGUCACGCUCAGCGCCGCGUACUCGUCUCCGGUCGCAGAGCAGGCCUUCACCGAGAGGAUCACGCCACUGCCUCCACCCAUCACUCUUCUCGAAGACAUCGAGAUGGAGAUGCGGGGACAGCACGCAGGAGUCCUAGGCCGUCUCGGAGCGGUCGCCCCGACACAGAGCAGCUUCCCAACCCAUCGGAAGGUCGACAGUCCAGGAGCAAUCAUCGCUCUCCGUCUGACGGAGUACGACGGGAAGGGGAAGGGAAAGGAACGCGCGGACGAUAGUGCGGACCAGUCGGACGGCUGGAGCCGCGCUGACAGCCCACGCGAGGAGGACAUGACCUCUCGUGGCAAUGUUAAUGCCGGCAUUCUAGGGAACGCAAAGAAUAGGACCCCCUCUUGUGCCAACGGCGGCAGCGAAAUGACCCCUUCUGCGUUAUCGACGCCGCCACGCUCUGCGGAUCUGUCCGCCGCAAUAAUACAGAACGUCCGGCCAAGCCCCGUCGUCUCCCGCGUCGCACCUCCUAUCGGUUCUGCAGAUAAGACUAAACGCACCGAUCACGUACUACCCUCCGGCGGCGACGACAAUGCUCAAGCUUCAACGUUGCAGAAGCCGUCGAUGGAAGGCAAGCAGCCCGUGCGCGUCCGACGGAACCCUUGGCAGACCGUACAAGAAUACCUUUCGGGUGGCGCUAGCGGUCCGCAUCCUAGUAAGCACGGCGACAAAGCGUCGAACGCCGGGCUAGCCUCAGAGGCUCGGUCACAAGCCCGCCAAAGUGCAGUAUCAAAUCCUCGUGGUGGGGCCCUCCGCCCUGAAGAUCCCUCGUCAUCCGGCGAGGGUAUGCCUUCUCUGCUCUUACGCUUGUCAGAUCCUACUCCGCCGUCCGCUGCAGCCGUUCAACACGUUGCGCAUGCGGUCCCAGACGCAGCCCGAGGACACCUUCCGGUCCACGAGGGCGGCAAGGGCAUAUCCGCUCCGGAAAUUAUGGCACGCACACGAGCUCGUCUAGCCAAGGCGGAUGAACAUUCAGCCGUGUCCUCUCCGAGUGUGCCGCCAUCCGUGCAGCAUCCCGGUACCGGAAGCCAACCCUCGACGGCCAACAAUGCAAAGCAGGGCAGUGACGUGGGUGCCGUGGAGCACAUGUCCUCGGAGGACGCUGCUCAACCCAGAGGUGCCGCAGGGCCCGCGCUCGCCGCAUCCGCUGAUCCACGCACUCUGCUCCUGCAGAAGCUCGCGGCCGAGAAGCGCGACGCAGCGGACAUUCCCACCGCUGAGAAGGCCCCAGUGUCAGCUGCGCGCCGCCCGUCUGUUCCUAUGGCGCUCGGAGGGGCUGACCGCACGCGCGCCGCGGAGGGGGCACCCCCAAAGGCCGCCCCGGACGUCGUGCCUGCGGAGCGGAUUGCCGAGCGCAAGGAAGCGGAGCUGCGUAGCCAGGCACAGCUCCGCGCGAGGCUUGCGGCCGCCAGGCGGGCUGCUCUUGCUCAGCCUCAGCGGAGCACGGUGGGUUCGGGAGACGCGUCCGGGACCUCGACAGGGACGGUUGAUGGCGACCUCGCGGUGCAGGAGUCGGCGCUGCGGAGCAGGCUCAAGGGGCGGCGGGCGGAGACGUGA